UCUUGGUUUCCUUCCACGUUGAGCUCAGGACUCUGUGCCGACACGACAGAAGAACUCUAUUGGCCAUGGCCGACUAUAAUGUUGCGCAUCUCCUCAUCAUUGGGCUACUUUUCCAUCUCAUCUUCAUUUACUCCGUGUUCGACUGCUAUUUCACAAGCCCCGUUGUCCAUGGAAUGUCGAGCUUCAAUGUAGGUUACAGGGAAGCCAAAAGACUGGUUCUCAUUGUCGGCGACGGUCUGCGGGCAGACCUUUUAUUUGAACUGAACGGGUUUUCAGCAUUCCCCAAUACACCCGGUGUCGUCGCGCCCCAUAUACGCUCUAUCAUUGAACACCGAGGCGCUUUUGGGAUAUCACACACUCGAGUGCCUACCGAAAGUCGACCAGGACACGUCGCAAUCAUCGGCGGAAUGUAUGAAGAUGUGUCUGCUGUAGCCAAGGGAUGGAAGACGAAUCCAGUCGAUUUUGACUCCAUCUUCAAUCAGUCAAGUCACACAUAUUCCUUUGGAUCUCCGGAUAUUUUACCAAUGUUCACUCGUGGUGCAGUCCCAGGAGUAGUGGAAGAAUGGAGCUAUGACGAAGAUGCGGAAGACUUCACGCAAGAUGCGACAAAGCUCGACUUAUGGGUUCUCGAUCAUCUGCGUGAUCUCUUGCACAAUGCCACUGUUAAUCCUACUUUGGAUCGUCAACUCCGCUCGGAUAAGGUAGUGAUUUUCCUGCAUCUUUUGGGCCUGGACACGACGGGACAUUCAUACCGACCGCAUUCCCUUGAGUACAUGAACAACAUUCGGGUCGUCGAUGGAAUCGUAAAAGAGACGGAGAAAUUGAUAUCUGACUUCUUUCAAGACAACGAGACAAGCUACAUCUUCACUGCAGAUCACGGCAUGUCUGUGAUCGGAAACCAUGGGGAUGGAAAUCCUGACAGCACGCGAACGCCCCUCGUUGCUUGGGGAAAAGGAAUCCGUGGGCCUCUUCCUGAUUCGAUUCCUUCUUCGCAUGACGAUUAUUCACGGCCAUGGGGCCUUUCUCAUCUAUACCGAAGGGAUGUUGAACAGGCAGAUAUAGCCGCUCUCAUGGCCGCUCUAGUAGGCAUUGACUGGCCUGUAAAUUCUGUGGGCGUCUUACCCGACGCGGAUCCUACCCGGCCUGGUUAUUUGCUUCCCAAGAAUGGAGAUCAAUCACUCGCAGUAGCUGCCUUUGUCAACGCAAAGACAAUAUUGGACAACUAUCGAAUUCAGCAUGCAGAAAUCAAGAAAAGACAUAAGAACUUCUAUAGACCAUUUGCACCAUUAGAAGCGGCAACGAAGUCAGGAUAUUCUCGCCGGAUAGAAGCACUUCAAGAAAUCGAGCGUUCUAUAUUUGAAAGUGACUGGUACGGCGCUCGUGUCGCUGCCCUUGAUCUCAUUACCAUCGGCCUUGAAGGCCUUCGUUACCUCCAGACGUAUGAACGGACUUUACUGCGAACGAUUGCUACAACCGCCUACGCUGGAUGGGCAGCAUACGCAUCGCUGUUUGUUUUCAAACCAGGGGGUCCCGCACGACGAUCUCCAACCAUCAUGGCUACAGCGUUCGUGGUGCUGUUAAGUUUCUGGGGACUUUUCUUCUCAGAGCAAGCAUAUUGGACGUAUUAUCUAUAUAUAACCUUUCCGUGUUACUUUUGGCAGCGGUUCCUAUCGCAAAUUCUUCCUCUGUUGAAGCUUUCGACUUUCAAUGUUUCGCGAAGGCAUAUUUGGACAACUAUUUCAAGAUUUUGCUUUAUAUUUUCAGCACUGAUAAGUAUGGUGGUCGCUUAUACACAUCGAUCGAUUUGGAGCAUCGGCUUCAUCGUAAUUGGUUUUGUGUGGCCUGCUACGUUUUGGUCCUCUGAAGAUAGAGUCCAGGUUGCUAGGUCCCAAUGGUUGUGGAUGGCGUCUUGUCUCGUAACGGCCAUUUUCCCGCUACUUAGCGUAGACAAGACGGAGACUCUGUCUUCGAUAUUACUGGGAGGCGGAGGCGUGCUUUUUAUUGGAGCCUUUAUGAUUAAACAAGUUGCCAGAUCUGCUUCAAGGUCGCUGCUUUCGAUAUUUUACACUCAAUGCUUGCUUGUUGUGAUCACUAUGAUCGUCACCGCAAGUUCGGUACGGUGUCUACAAGCCAAGACAGGUUUACCCUUGCUGAAUCAAAUAUCCGGAUGGAUUGUGUUAUCUGUAUCUUCACUGCUUCCGUUCUUCUCUUGGGCCAAGCACUCUACCCCUGUGUCGAAGAUUCUGAUGUACUUCCUCGGGUUUGGGCCGUGUUUCGUUAUCCUUUCCAUCAGUGUUGAGGGCAUAUUCUAUGUUGCGUACUCUAUGACCCUGUUGUGUUGGAUUGAAGUGGAGGCAUCGCUUCGCAAUUCACAUUGUUCCAACCCGGGAAAAGCCGGAAGCUACCACUUUCAAGCAGACGAUUUGCGUAUCGUGCUUUUCUUUUUGUUCUUCGUGCAAGUUGGUUUCUUUGGAACGGGAAAUGUGGCAUCCGUCUCCUCAUUCUAUUUGUCUCCAGUGUAUAGACUGAUACCUAUAUUUAAUCCGUUCUAUAUGUCGGCAUUACUGUUGUUCAAAAUUAUUGCACCGUACAUCAUCUUGUCCGUGGCAUUUGCAACUUUGACAUACCGGUUGCAUCUCCCCCCAUUCGCUCUUUUCCUCAAUGCUCUGAUGAUAACAGAUGGCAUGACCGUAAUAUUCUUUUUCAACGUCACGGAUACCGGCUCAUGGUUGGAGAUUGGCCAGACAAUCAGUUUCUUCGUGGUUGCAUCGCUGUUGCUAGCGUGGUCUGGAGGGAUAUGUGCUGGUGGAGAAUACUUGAUGGCCGAUGUGCUUAUUAGAUCCCAAAAAUUCCACGUAGAAUAGAAUAAUACAUCAUAUCGAGCAAGGCAGCCGAGAG